CGGAGGAGAUGCGUCGCUGCCAUCCUCGUCCGCCAUUUCUCCUGACGUCACCCGGCCGGAGAACCUGCCCGGAGGUCCGAGGAAAGGAUCCCGACUCGACUGACUUCCCGCCUCCCUCACCACCUCAUACGGGCAGGCUUAGCCUCCCAUGAACAGCCACUGAUUGGCGGCAGCUACACGGAAACCAUGGCAACCAGCUGUUUUGGCAAUUCCAGCCAUGAAGCGGGAGGCAGACGAGAGAAAUUGGCCUGCAGCAGCAGACAGGAGCAUCUCCAUAGCGACAAAUCCUUCCGCUCGGAAAACUCGUGUCAACGCCGCCGUUGUCAUCCUCGCCAUGGCCAUCUUCACUCCAGUCCUGGUGCUAGUGCUGUGCUUGGUGUUGGGCUACGUGGCGGUGAGGAGCCAGCGGAGCAAAACCGCCGGCGACCCUCGUGGGGGACAAAGCAGACCGGACGAGGACCUGCAGGAUGACAGUGAGGCCAAGACAAAAGAUGAGGAAGGCGAGUGGGUGGACAAGCAUGAAGACGUCCCAUACGUGCCUUACUUGUCGGAGCGCCACCCCGAGGAGGAGAUGCUAUGCAGAGCUCAACGCUUCUACACGCUAAUGAACCAGCGCAGGACGGUGCGCUUCAUCAGCCCCGAGCCCGUGCCGCGGGAAGUCAUCGAUAACGUAAUACACACCGCAGGCACCGCACCUAGCGGCGCGCACACUGAACCCUGGACCUUCGUGGUGGUCUCCGACCCAGAGGUCAAGCACCGCGUGCGGCUGAUCGUGGAGGAAGAAGAGGAGAUUAACUAUCGGCAGCGCAUGGGAGAUAAGUGGGUCAAAGACUUGGCCAACUUUAGGACAAACUGGAUUAAGGAGUACUUGGACGUGGCGCCGUACCUCAUCCUCAUCUUCAAGCAGACGUACGGAAUCCUUCCAGACAACAAGAAGAGGGUGCAUUACUACAAUGAGAUCAGCUUGUCCAUCGCCUGCGGCAUCCUGCUGGCUGCACUGCAGAACGUGGGUCUGGUCACCGUGACGUCGACGCCGCUCAACUGCGGCCCGAAGCUCAGGCUGCUGCUUAAGCGACCCGUCAACGAGAAGCUGCUCAUGCUGCUACCCGUCGGCUACCCCGCCAAGGACGCCACCGUGCCUGACCUCAAACGCAAACCACUGCACGACAUCCUGGUGCAGAUAUAAGGGACGAAAUUCCAAAAUGGAAUUAAAUAUGCAAAUAUCA